GCUCUCUCACACUUUCCCGUGCUCUACCCGCCUCCCCCCUCUGGCUGUGCUGGCUCCCUCAGCUGCUUUCAGUUGCCCUGUGUGCAGUGUGCAGUGUGGACAGGGCUAGGCUGAGUUGGGCUGUGUUGAGGACAUAUAGUGGAUCUGUGUAGUGAAUUUGUGAGAACUACAGAAGGAGUGUCUCAGUACAGACUCUGUUUCCCAAACUAAUUGGAUUAGGACUGGAACAUACUGGACCUGUUUUUCUACACUAACUUAAGACAGAGCUUUAAGCGAGGGGAGGCUGGAAGAGAGAAAAUAGAAAACCAUACAAGGGGUCAACACUGGAGAACUGCUGGAGCAGAGACCCACGCCCACGUCAAGGCUGAUCUCUAGCCCAGCUCCCCUCACUCUCCCUGGGAUCGGUAUGGUGGGAUUCCUCCUGCCUCUGACCUCCAACACUGGGGUGAUGUUCUGUGUCUCUGGAACCCCUGACCCCUAACCCCUGAACCUAGGACAGAUUCUGGUAAGGUUUUGUGAAUUACUGUCUUCUGGAGGACUGGUGCUUCAGGGACCUGUCUGGCCUCUUUCUCACUUGGAUCAUGGCCUCUCUCUGUGGCACGGUGGUGCUGCUGUGUGGGGUGGUUUCUCUCUUUGGAGCCCAGCAGAAAAAGAGCAAUGUUCCACGGCUAAAACUCUCUUACAAAGAGAUGUUGGAGUCCAAUAACUUGGUGACGUUUGAGGGCCAGGUGAAUAGCUCUGCCUACCACACGUUCCUAUUGGACGAGGAGAAGGGUCGUCUGGUGGUGGGAGCCAAGGACCACAUCUUCUCCUUCAACCUAGUCAACAUCAGCAGAGAUAUGGCACAGAUCCCGUGGCCUGCCUCCACCUCCAGAAGAGACGAGUGUAAAUGGGCAGGAAAGGACCUAAUGAGUGAAUGCUCUAAUUUCAUCAAGGUGUUACAGCCAUUUAACCAGACCCAUCUGUAUGUAUGUGGAACCGGAGCCUUCCACCCUGUCUGUGCCUACCUGGAGGUGGGGAAGAAACUAGAGGACAGUGUGUUCAGGCUGGAGCCCCAGAUAGAGAACGGUCGAGGGAAGAGCCCUUAUGACCCCAAGCUGCUCACAGCAUCCAUGCUCAUUGAUGGCGAACUCUAUUCUGGGACGUCAGCUGACUUCAUGGGGAGAGACUUUGCCAUUUUUCGUACGCUGGGACAGCAUCACCCAAUCAGAACAGAGCAACACGACUCUCGCUGGCUGAAUGACCCCAGGUUUGUGAGUGUCCACAUGAUACCAGAGAGUGACAACCAAGAGGAUGACAAGAUCUACCUGUUCUUCAGAGAGAAUGCUAUGGAUGGGGAACACGCAGGGAAGGCUACUCAAGCACGCAUCGGACAGCUCUGCAAGAAUGACUUUGGAGGCCACAGGAGUCUAGUGAAUAAGUGGACCACGUUCCUGAAGGCCAGACUGGUCUGUUCUGUACCUGGACUCAACGGCAUAGACACUCACUUUGACGAACUACAGGAUGCGUUUCUGAUGAGCUCUAAGGAUCCCAAGAACCCCAUUAUCUAUGCAGUGUUCACUACAUCCAGUAACAUCUUCAAGGGUUCAGCAGUGUGUCUGUACAGCAUGGCAGACAUCAGAAGGGUGUUUCUAGGUCCCUAUGCCCACAGAGACGGCCCUAAUUACCAGUGGGUUCCCUUCCAGGGACGGGUACCAUACCCACGGCCCGGAACGUGCCCCAGCAAGACGUUCGGUGGAUUUGAUUCGACUAAGGACUUGCCCGAUGAUGUCAUAACAUUUGCCAGAGGUCACCCGGCGAUGUUUAACCCCGUCUACCCCAUCAACAACCGACCAAUCAUAGUCAAGACAGACACAGACUACCAGUUCACACAGAUAGUGGUGGACCGUGUAGAGGCAGAGGAUGGACAGUAUGACGUCAUGUUCAUAGGCACAGAUAUAGGGACAGUGCUGAAGGUGGUGUCCAUCCCCAGAGGGUCCUGGCAUGACCUGGAGGAGAUUCUACUGGAGGAGAUGACUGUGUUCAGGGAACAAGCUGCUAUUACAGUGAUGAAACUCUCUACAAAGCAGCAACAGUUGUACCUCGGCUCAGAGCUGGGUGUAUCCCAGAUGCCUUUGCAUCGCUGUGAGGUGUACGGGAAGGCCUGUGCUGAGUGCUGUCUGGCUAGAGACCCUUACUGUGCCUGGGACGGGACCGAGUGCUCACGAUACUUUCCCAUGGCCAAGAGGAGGACAAGGAGACAGGACAUCAGGAACGGAGACCCUUUAACCCAGUGUUCAGAUCUGCAGCAUCAAGAUAACCUGAAUGGACAGCCCACGGUGCUGGAUAAGACGGUGUAUGGAGUGGAGAACAGCAGUACGUUCCUAGAGUGUAGCGCCAAGUCCCAGAGAGCACUCACCUACUGGCAGUACCAACAAGCCAAUGACGACCGAAGACAAGACAUCAAAUCAGAGGAUCGUUUUGUACGUACGGAGCAGGGCUUGCUGAUCCGCACAUUGGACAAGAAGGAUUCUGGGAUGUAUGUGUGCCAGGCAGUAGAACACGGCUUCAUGCAGACGCUCCUAAAGGUCACCCUGGAGGUCAUCGACACUGAACGCCUCGACGAUCUCAUUCAUCGUGAUGACGAAGACACCGCACACACAGCUACCACACACACCACCGCCCGGGACACGUCCACAGCCCGGGAAUCGCCCAAUCAGAAGGUUUGGUACCGUGACUUCCUGUCGUUAGUGAACCACCCGACCCUGAAUAGCGUGGAUGAGUUCUGUGAGCAGGUGUGGAAGAGGGAGAGGAAGCAGAGGAGGCAGAAAGCACACCUAUCCCAACAGGUCCAGCUACACCAGCAGCAGCAGCAGGGCCUCGUGCACACCCACGUGCACGCCCACGGCCUGGCGGCCAAAUGGAAACACCUGCAGGAGAGGCAGAAGGGCCGCAACCGCCGGACCCACGAACUGGAGAGAGCCCCCCGCAGCGUCUGACCUCUCACCCACUGAAUCCCAUGACCCUCCAACCCCCAACCCACGUACCCUUUCCUCGUCCCCGAACACCCUCCGAACCUCCUCCCCUGCCUCCUCUGCCCCAUACAGAGAUAAAGACUCGUUCCACACUGACUUUGUACAGAGAAUCUCAACUGGAAACAAAGGCAAUAUCCCGCCCUGGUCGAUGUGUAGGCUGCGUGGGCACCCAUGUUUACAGUGACACGGCACAGAGACACAGGAUGAUACAGUACUAUUAUAUUCUAUUAUCUCAGCUGGCCUCUGUGGCCCCAGCACCAUGGAGGGACAGUGUCAGCCAACAUGAGGACUGGACUUCAUGUAAUUACAUGCUCUCUCUACUAUUGAAUAACCUAUUGAAAACAUGGCUCUGUCUCUGCAGUAGUAUGGCUUUGUACAGCUCAUCGUUGUUGUCCACCCAGAUUUAGUGGCUAUCUUCUAUUAACCACUACUAUCUUGGAACAAGGGAUGAUAGUGUUUGAUGACAUACAUGACUGAGCAGGGAUGUACCUUAUGUGUGUAUCACAAGGACAAUUAUAAUAUACAGGUCAUGUAAAGCACAACGGUUUGAUGUUGAGAAGAUUCUAUGAGAUAUGAAGAGUUCUGAGGAGAGAGGAGGAUGCCCGAGCACUGCAAGAAAAUAAAUCCAUGGCUACUGAAAAUUCAGUAGUCAUGGAUUUAUAACUAAAGAUGUUAUUCUAACUUAAAUCAGACAUGUAAAUAUGCUUUGAAACAUUCUUGUACAAAAGGGAAUGGUUUGCGGGUUUCUUGUUACAUGAUGCUGUUUCACCAUAAACAAUUGAAUUAAGCAGUAGGUUAAAAAAGUAUCCAACAAGAUUCUGAAAGUGAUUGUGUUCAGUGUAUAGAUAAUCUCUCCCUUCCAAGACACAAAUGUUUUGAUGUUUUGAUGUUAAUCUUUUUCAUUAGUUCAGAGUUCUGUAUAAAAUAUGUUACAUCGUUGAAGUUGACUUUAUUUCAAUAUAUUUUCUUCAAUUUAUGUUUCAGUCAAACCCCUGCAUCCCAGUUUAACUAUUCAAUCUGUGUCGCGGAGCGUUAAAGUUGGCGUGAUAGAAAUGUAAAAGUAAUUCAUGAUUGAGAUGACAUAUGCAGCGUUUACCGUGAAUGCAGUCUCCGCCAACGCGGGAACAUUGCCUUUGAAUUUCAAUCAUGCUGUAACACUGAACGUCCUCGAUUCGGAUAGAAUAGAACCCUAAAACUUUGUUGUCUCUGCAUCGACUCUGUCACAUGUUGUUUAAAUGAAUAAAUUACUACAUUUGCAAACAAAACUUGUUUCCAACACACACAUGUUUAUAGAUAUGUAUAUGUACAUUGUGAAAAAAAUAUUUGAUAGAAGUUGAUCUAUUUCAGAAAACAUUUUGUAACAUCUAUUUUUUAUUGUUUUAUAUCAUUAUAACCCUGUUGUUACUUUAUGAUAACACCUACAUGUACAGUGCAUUCGGAAAGUAUUCAGACCCCUUGACUUUUUCCACAUUUUGUUAUGCAUUAUUCUAAAAUUGUUUCAAUUGUUUUUUUUCCUCAUCAAUCUACACACAAUACCCCAUAAUGACAAAGCAAAAACUGAAAUAUAACAAGUAUUGGUAUUACGCAGCUCUUUCAGAGUGACCAUCGGGUUCAUGGUCACCUCCCUGAUCAAGGCUCUUCUCCCCCAAUUGCUCAUUUUGACCGGGCGGCCAGCUCUAGGAAGAGUCUUGCUGGUUCCAAACUUCUUCCAUUUAAGAUUGAUGGAGACCACUGUGUUUUUAGGGACCUUCAAUGCUACAGACAUUUUUUGGUACCCAUUCCGAGAUCUGUGCCUCGACACAAUCAUGUCUUGAAGCUCUACGGAGAAUUCCUUUGACUUCAUGCAUUAUUUUAGCUUUGUCAUUAUGGGGUACUGUGUGUAGAUUGAUGAGGGAAAAAAUUAACACAUUUUAGAAUAAGGCUGUUACGUAACAAAAUGUGGAAAAAGUCAAGGGAUCUGAAUACUUUCCGAAUGCAAUGCAACAUGUACAUGCUGGCAAACAGGACCAACUAACAGAGCAAAUACUUUCCACUCAUUAAAAAAACACCACUGGUGUUUUAUGGAACAUGCAGGCUUCUAUUACAAUAGUUAGCAUACCACUAAUGUAACGUAUAUGUCCAUUUGUCCAUGUCAGACUGCAAAUGUACUACAUACCGUACCAUACUCUUCCAGCAAAAUACAGAUAUUGUGUUAUUUUCCAGGAGCAUAGUGUAUCUGUCCUUCUAUGUAUUUUCAGCAGAAUCACUACAGUAUGUACUUUACAUGUGUUUUCUAUGUACUUCAGGAUGUGUGUUUCAUUUUGGAAUAUCUCAACAGAGACAGACACAGAGAACCUGGAAUGUAGUUGUGAACAUAACAUACACAUUGAAGAGUAAAUCCUAUGGUCCAACAGUAUGACACUGUGCUAAUUGCAUGUGAAUGCCAUUCUAGUGUACCUUUGUUAAUAUAACUGUGUAAUGUUUCAUGUUGUUUCUGAUGGUAUGCUCUUAGCUUAGAGGCAGUACAUGUUAACUUAACCUGUUACUGAGGUGUAAAUACUCUAUUUUCAGUAGGAAAUAUAAGGCACACAAUCGAUUACUGGAAGUACUGACAUACUUUGAAGAACACUAAAAUACUGCAUAACUGAAGUACUCAGACUUUAAUUUUACCGUACCAGAGUUCCUAUUUUAGAACCGGUAUUCUUCAGUAUAAAAGGUGCUGGUUCUCUGUACCGGUCAUCUCCAGCCAACUUCAACCACUAGCAGGACUGCUGAGUGUAAAUGAGGGAGUAAACCGGUCAUCUCCAGCCAACUUCAACUACUAGCAGGACUGCUGAGUGUAAAUGAGGGAGUAAACCGGUCAUCUCCAGCCAACUUCAACCACUAGCAGGACUGCUGAGUGUAAAUGAGGGAGUAAACCGAUGCUGCUGUAUUGACUGUGUUUGGCAUGAUGAUGAUGAUGAUGAUGAUGAUGUACUCUACUGUUCUAAUAAAAAUCUCUUCCUAAAGCCUCGUUUUACUGA